CUUCUCUCUUAAAGGUAGAGACUCUGGAUCGAUUAGAAAAGAAUAUUCCAGAGAUCCUUUGUAGAUCAGAGAGAAUUUUCUAUCCUGCAUUCUUCAAUGUGAUGGAGCAUUUGCCUAUUCACUUGCCCUAUGAAACAAAAGUUGGAGGACCGGUUCAAUAUAGUUGGAUGUAUCCUUUUGAGAGGUUUAUCCAUCAUUGAAAAAGAAAAAUUGGUAACAAAGCUCGAGUGGAGGGCUCAAUUUACAAUGCGUAUCUCACGGAGGAGAUAUCAAACUUUUGCACCCAAUAUUUUGAGCCACAUAUUGACACAAAAUCUAGAGACAUGGGUCGAAAUGUAUAUGAAGGAAAUAGAAGAAGAACUAGAACAUGAUGUUCCUGAAGUAUUCUCGGGAAAUAUAGGCCAUGCUACCACAAAGAGCACUAAAGGUUACCUGAAUGAUGCCGAUUAUCGUACUGCUCAUGGAUAUAUCCUUUCAAAUUGUGAGUUAUUACGAGAUUACGAGAGGUUAUUUGAAGAAGAUGCGGUUAAAAAAAUCAGCGCAUAGACGUUAUUUGAACAUCAAUAUCCUGAUUGGCUUGAACAAUUUGU